UGAUGCAGUGUACGGUUCUUGUAGCGAUUUCUUGUGUUGUUAGAACACACGUGUAGUGGUCGGUAUUUGCAAACGUGCGGGCCGAACGACAACGAAAAAAUUAUUUUUAAUCAAACUGAUUACAAUGUGAUCGGUCCUCCCCUUUUAUAUCAUGAUGUGGAAUCUGUCCUUGAACUUCUAAGAAAACCUGAGUACAAAACCAACAUCUAUGUUCAACAGCUACUUGAACAAUACCAUCAAGCUAAAGAAAGAGAACAGCAAAUAGAAGCUCUAGGAAAUUCAAAGAAGUAUCCAUUGAUUGUUAUAGAGGGAAUGUCUGGAACAGGUAAAACCACUGUUGUAACUGCUUUAAUAAAUAAAUUAAAUGCAAAACAAAUCCAUUCUCCUCCAGAACAAGUAAAAGCAUUGCGGUGGGCAUUGCGUAAUAGUACGGAAUUGGACAUGGCUUACCAAGCCAUUGGAAACUACAUCGGAGGACUAGAAGUACAAAGCAUGCUUCAUGACUCACCCGUUGUAAUGGACAGAUACUGGCAUUCGUAUGCUGCACUUGCUAUUUCCACUGCAGUUAACAAUUAUCCAGAAAAGUACCAGUUUCCACCAAAAGGUGACAAAGUGUUUAAUUGGCCAGACGACUUACUCAAACCAGAUAUAGUUUUACUACUAAAUGUAGAUGAAGACAUCCGACAGCAGAGAUUAAACAAACGAAGAAAAGAAACUGGAGGUAUAGAAAAACCAGAGAGUUUUACCAAGUUUUUGAAAAAAUGUCCUCUCUUCCUCUCACACAUGCUUACCGCCUACAAAAGGAUGCAUAAUCCAGGAGUUGUAGUGAUAGACGGAAACCCAACGGUUGAAGAAGUUUUAAACAGUAUUUACUUAACGGUUAAGCCGCUAAUUAAGAAGAGUCGGGCAUAAAUAAAUUAUUUUUAUUGUUUAAGUAUUUAAAAACCAACAACUUGUGUUCUUCAACAUAACCAUCUUAUUUUAAAGAAAUAGGAACUACUUAAAAAUUAAAAUAGUUGUAGCUAUGGUAAGCUUUAAUUAAAGAUACAGAAAUUUGGACGAAGAUCUAACAUGGAUAGGUGACUUAAUAUUUAAAUAAAUAAACUUUUCUUUGUAUUUGUUUUUGACUAUGUAGAAGUAAUUCAUAGGCAAUUUUUUAUUUAUUAUACUUUUAUGUAUUUUGUUAUUUGUUUUCAAAAAAUAAACAUUUUUUGUAU